AUGGUUGACAAAGAAAAUAUUCCAAGUGAAGAAAUUUUGAACGAAAAAUGGGACAAAUGUAUAUCCAAUUUUUUGGUAAAAACGGGUAUUGGACUAAGCGUUGGUAUCAUCGCGUCAGCUCUUAUAUUUAGGAAACGAACAUGGCCGAUUGCUAUGUCUACAGGAUUUGGGAUUGGUGUAGCUUAUGCGGAUUGUCAACGAACCUUUGUUCCAACACCUAUUCCCGGUGUUCGCAUUGUAAAAGCCUACAAGAACAUCAUUUCUGAUGAAUCUUAG